AUGCGAGAUCUGAAGCAAGAAGGAUCAUCGGGCGUCCCACGUGUUUCCGGCGCAGUCGCCGACGCAGCCCAAAACUCAGCCGGCAUCCAGACGCUGCUCGAGGCAGAGAAAGACGCCCAGAAGAUCGUUCAGAAAGCCCGAGAAUACCGAACCAAACGCGUAAAAGACGCCCGCUCCGAAGCCCAGAAGGAAAUCGAAGACUACCGGAGUCAAAAGGAAGAGGAGUUUAAGGCGUAUGAGAAGCAGCACACAUCCGGCAACAAAGCCGCGGAAGAAGAAGCGGAAAAGGACACGCAGGAGAAGUUGAAGGAGAUCAAGCAGAUUGGGGAGAAGACGGGGCCCAAGGUCGUGGAUGAUUUGAUCAAGGCCGUGUUGGAUGUGCAGUUGGUGGUGCCGGAGAGGGUGUCGCAGGCGACUGUAUAG